GUUUACACACCAAACUUUACAUCAAUCAGUUAUGUAUUAGUGGAUUAUGAAUCUGACGAAUCAGAAGAACCCUUCGAUUGUUCAAAAACAACUACUGAAUUUAUCCUUUUUAACUGUAAAGAUAGUAAUACUGUGGUGGAUAACAAGCAUAACAGGUUAAAUAUGUCUAAACAUGCCUUUCCUAACCAAGACUAUGUCAAUAUUAUGAUAGAUGAUAAAUUUGAUGGAUUAGAUGAACUAUCUAACCUUAAUGCCAUUGUGGAUAGUGAUACUGAUGAAUCCGAUAAGCCAUCUGACUUUUUAAAAUUAACUUCUAGAUGUAUGUUUCCUAAUUGGGAUGAAUUCAAGAAUUGGAUACACCAAUUUGUAUUAAAAAAGGGAUUCAAUUACAAGACUAGAACAAAUGAAAUAGUUCAAGGUAUAAUGAGAAGGGCCACUUACGAAUACACUAAGUCUAGAUCUUAUAAUCCACAUGUUACAUCAGAUCCUACAAAGAGACGUAAUACUUACUCAUAG